AUUAUUGUUAUUUUUGUUUUCGUAAUUAAAACUUUUCUUCCGUCUUGAAACUGGUGACUCAUUUAGUUUUUGGCUCAUUUAGUUUUAGAACUGUGUAGGAUUAUUGUAGCGGCUUUGUUUAUGUUCCUUUUUCUUGGGCUCAGGUGUGGAAGAUAAGCUUUCUCGAGGAAUAGUGUUAAUUGCACAUGCCAUGGGUUUAAGUCGAGCAAUCUUACUCCAUAUAAUGAUCUCGAUAGUCGGAGUGUCGACAAAGCAGUUAACCCCAUUCAUUGACAUAGAACUCCACGCAGAAUGGACAAAUAUAUCAACAGUCAAGGUCACCUGUGAAGUAGUCAUCGACACAUUCUCGCUACCAAUAACGUUCACUAUGAUGGCCAUCCUUCGAGAAACGCCGUCGGAAACAAGAUUCUCAAAAAUAGUGUCGAUAAUUAGGUCAUCGAUUCGAAGCACCCCUAGGAUUUCAAGUUUCUUCCCAUCUUCAGAACCAUGGACGGUCAGUUUCGAGAAUGAUGUAGCAAAUGCGAACAUUACAUCAUUAAAACUCUUACUGCAACUAACUGAGUUUGAAUGCAAAGAUACCGGAGAUUAUAAGUGCAUCACAGUAGUGAACAACAGGAUCGAUAUAACUCAGAUCGAUAUAGGCGAUCAAAUUAUUUUUUUAGCUCCUAUAUCUAUAAACUUGAACUUUACCCCGCAAAUGGGAGACUUAGAAUCGGAAUCGAUAAAUGACGUUGGAGACAAUGUGACGUUGACUUGUACAGUUACAGUUGUUGCAAGAUGCCAUAUUCUCUUGCUCCAGAGUGAUACACGAUGGACGUCUGUAUUGGAAGCCCAGGGUUUGGUUCACAGGCAGGACGAAACUCUGCACAAGCCAGUUGAGAAACACUAGGAAUUUAAACCAUUUCCAUGAGUGUCUUUAUAAACGUCUACUAAGGAAAUAAUAAUAUUUAUGUUCACUUGAUGCUAAGUCUUUUCCUGAUUUCAACAUACUUACUUUUUCAAUCUAUGUAAUAACUAGAAAUGAAAUGUCAAAAACAACAAAAUUUUUAAAUAGAAUAAAUAUUCAUUUUCCAGUGUGGCAAUCAAAGUAAUUAGCUUACCGUUUUGUGACUCAACCAAAAAAAAAACAAUUUUAAGAUAGUUGUUGUAGUUGUUUUUUUUUUUUUCGGAGGGGAGAAGAGAUUAAUUUUAAGAAACGUGAGGUGACACUCUGAACUAACCGCACCGAGUUGCACCGACCCUAGUGACGCCACUGGUUGAAUUAAUUUUAUAUCAUGGUUGUUGUUUUUUUUAUUCCAUGCGAUCUAAUUUAUAUU